UCGAAGCAGGGAGCGUGAUGGCGGUGGCUCAACCAAAGCUGGAGAAAGAGGGCGAUGAUUGCUCUCUGCUGCCUUUAGUCCAUGACAUUAUCAAAUGCAUGGACAAGGACAGCCAGGAUGUCCACCAAGAACUGGCCAAGCUGAAAGUGAAGAUCCAGGAGGCUCGGGAGCAGAUCUCCAACAUGCCCGGGGUAGAUAGCAGUCCGUCGGAGCAGCAGCAGCAGCUGGCCACGCUUCGGGAGCAGGUCCGCACCAAGAACCAGUUGCUGCAAAAAUACAAGAGCCUGUGUAUGUUUGACGUGCCAAAAGCAUCGUGAAACUGCAGGCUAAAUUACUGCACUGGCUGCAGGGAGUUUAGAGACACCCAAGGUGCAGUAGGGACUUUUGUUUACACCCUCAGCUGUGGAGCAGAUAAAUGUGGGACUCAAGAAAAUGGACAUUAAAAACAAGAGUUAUUUGAUUUCCUCCACUGCAUUGGAAGGUCUUUUCGAAUGCCAGAUAUGUUCUUAUUUUUGAUUCUGUUGUAUAUCUUGUUAUGUAUUAUUUGUGGCAACUGCAGUGUGUUUUUCCAAUGUUUCACUUAGAUUUCUCAGCUUUAUAUUUUGUAAUAAAAUG